AUGCAUUCUAAAGACAAGUGCCCUGUUUGCGAACCUUGUGAUAAAUCACCUAAAUCAUGUCCUGUUUGCGAACCCUGUGACAAAUCACCCAAAUCAUGCCCUGUUUGUAAACCUUAUGAGAAAUGUGAUUUAUGCGAGAAAUGUAAAUUAUGUGAGAAAUGUGAAAACUGCGGAAAAUAUCCACCUCAGCCUACUGUUACUUACACCAUAUGUCCUCCACAUACACCAAAGCCAUCUAAUAAUGUUUGCAGCACUACAAGUACUAAAGACUGCAGCACCACAAGUACUAAAGACUGUAGCACUACAAGUACUAAAGACUGCAGCACUACAAGUACUAAAGACUGCAGCACCACAAGCACUAAAGACUGCAGCACUACAAGUUUUAAUGUCUGCCACACCACAAGUACUAUAACUAGUAUUUACAGCAUGUGUCCUCCAAACUCUUAUAGUUUCUACAGUACCACUGAAACUAUAACAGAAACUUAUAGCAUGUGUCCUCCAAUUAGUGUCUGCAGUCCUACAACUACUAUAACAGUUAGUCCUACAAGUAGACCUGUCAACAGCAUAUGUCCUCCAGUUAGUGUCUGCAGUUCUGCAACCACUAUAACAGUUUCUCCUACAUGUGGACCUCUCAACAGCAUAUGUCCUCAAAUUAGUGCUUGCAGUUCUGCAACUACUAUAACAGUUACUCCUACAUGCGGACCUUGCAACAGCAUACCAAUUAAUCCACCUCCACUUAGCUCAACUAUUCCUGGUUCACCUGGUUUAACUUCAACUUAUCCUAUUUGUACCUCCGUUGUCACCAUCUCAGGUGCUGCCGGCGCAGCAGGUGCUGUAGGUAGUUAUGGUGGUGGUGCAACCUCUUAUGGCGAUGGCGCAACUUCUUAUGGUGGUGGCGGGCAAGGUUAUGGUGCAGAAGAAGCUACAACUUCUUAUGGUGGUGGCGGGCAAGGUUAUGGUGCAGAAGAAACAACAACAUCAUAUUGUUAA